GAUUCAUUUUGAUGCAACCUUCGGAUUCUGGAUUUUAAAAUAUGCACUUCCUAGUCCGAAGUAGUCAGGAACAGUCAAGCAGCAGAUCCAGCAACGAAUCAAAGAGCAAAUCAAGCAUGCCAAGUCCAAGCAAUGCAACAGCCUCUUCUUUCCUCCUUCCACGCUCCAUGCUUCCUUUUUAAACCCUCUCCUCCCCUCCCCUACCUCUCUCUACAUCGCCAUCGCCAUCGCCAUCUCCAUCUCCGUCUCCGUCUGCCUCUUCCGCACCUCACCACAUCCCGAAUAUCUUCGUAAUUGCGGCCUUUCCUUUUUGUGUCUCAUAAGAUUGGAUCAUCUUCGGCUUCUUUGGAGGGGACAUCUUUUUCUUAUCUUCAAGCUGCCAUACGGAUCUCACCAUUGGCAUUCACGACUUUGGCUCAUUUUCUUCUUCUACACUCUCGUACAUAUUCCAUCGUAACAGGCACAGUUGACGGCUUCACUGUCUUUGACCAGCUUGGCAUUUUUAAUUAUAUCCAUCUAUUAUCUAUAUCUAUCACACGACAAUCAUAAUAUCUAAUAUUAAACAAGAAUCCAGAGGGUCCGGUACUCUAGUCAGGCUCAUCCCAAAUUCACCCAGCAGUGGAUGAUACGAUCCAAACCGUCUGAUCGUACCAAAGAGACAAUACCUGAUUCGAAUCCCCUCGAGUACACUCUUUUCUCCAUCACCAAGUAUUCACGGUCGAGAUCUCCAAUUGAGCACAUACUUCGUUGGAAAUUCACCUUCACACAAUACCCAAUUUUGCAAAGUUCUGCAUCACAAUCGACAUUCAUCACUUGAGAGUUCGACUUGUGUUCUGGCCCUUGGCUGACUUCGAGACCCCACUUCCUUGAGAUACUUCAUUAUAUCACCAAUCAUGUGGUCCUUGAAGUUCGUCUUGCUCGCAUUAUUUGCACUCUUCCAAUUCUCCACGGCAUUUUACCCUUUUGUCCCUGAAUGGAGGCACAAAUCAUACAAGUCUCUCCCAGAUACAUCCAAGAGAGGCGGGGAAAGUCGUGAGAACAAUGCUGUUCUCAAGCUUGUUCAAAAGCUCCCAUCUGUCAAUAAACCUAGAGAUGUCCAGAUUCGCGAGCUCACAGAUCGACUUAUUCGCAAAUACAACCCUGGAAUGGGACUUAAAGCUACUAAAGUCGAAGAGCGUGAAUCCAAUCUUGUGAAAUAUGACGAUUCAUCAUCAUCAAUUCAGUCUGCAGCAACUCCUUCACAGACUAACAGCGCCGGAAUCCUGCAGACCGGAACUGAUUUCUCAUAUUUUGCUCAGGUGGAACUAGGGAGCAAGAAUGAUCCUUUGUUGAUGUUGCUCGACACAGGAGCUGGAACAAGCUGGGUUAUGGGCCCUGAUUGUACCUCAAGUGCAUGCAAGACUCGUGCUUCCUUCGGUGCAGCAGACUCUUCGACUUAUAAAUCGGUCAAUAUGGAUUUGGAUAUCGCGUACGGAUCCGGCCAUGUCACUGGAACAUAUGCUACCGACACAAUCAAUUUUGCCGGCAUGAGUCUUCCUUUAACUCUAGGAAUUGCCAAUAAAACUAGUGAUCAGUUCAACUCUUUUCCAUUCUCCGGCAUUCUAGGGUUAUCCCAACAAACUGGUCCGGUUCCCAACUUCUUGCAGACAAUUGUUAGCUCGAAGUCUCUCAAGGCCAAUGUAUUUGGAAUGGACUUAAAUCGUGCCUCGGAUGGUACAAAUACUGGAGAAAUUAAUUUCGGUGCCCCGGAUACUUCACGAUAUAGUGGCGGUUUAAGUUACACAAGUGUCGCAAAAAACGGCCCAAAUCAUUGGGCACUUCCUCUUGAUAACGUGGGAGUUGGCGAUGCUCAAUUUAGUACUACUGGGAGAUUGGGCUAUCUCGAUAGUGGAACAUCUUACAUCUUUGGACAACCAACAGAUGUGAUAGCAUUCCAUUCACUUGUACCCAAUGCUGUUACCACAGACAAUAACACAUGGACAGUACCUUGUUCUACCACCACAUCUAUCUCCUUUACAUUCUCUGGAGUUACCUAUAAUGUUUCAUCUGUAGAUUGGGUAGGGCCUUCGGUGGAUGGGGUGUGUACAAGCAAUGUCUAUGCUGUGGCUGUGGUUGACACGAACUCGUGGUUAAUUGGCGAUACUUUCUUCAAGAACGUGUAUGCCUUGUUUGACGUCGAUCAAGAUCGUGUUGGUUUGGCGCAGAAGAAAGCUGUUACAUCCUCGGCAACAUCAACGUCUUCUUCUGGUGGGCUUACCUCUACUCUUACCCCUACCCCUACUGCACAAACCCCCGUAUAUAGAACUAGCACUUCCAUUGUCGAUCCUACCAGCGUCGUUUUUUCUGGCUCUGGAUCCACAAUAACCACUUCUGCUACUGAAUCCACAGUAACCACUUCUACUUCUGUAUCUCUAUCUAACACACACUCCGUAGUUUCUGCUGUUCAAACAGGAACCUUGGAUCCUUUGCUCCCGGAAGCAUCAGCCUCAGCUAGCGCUCAGUCUUCUGGAACAGCUGUAUCGGCGUCAUCAUCUGCAUCUUCUACUUCCACUCAAACCUCAAGUGGAAACCAGAUUAAUGGCCACUUUUCUCUGAUGGUUGUCAUCAUCACUGUAAAAACUCUUCUUUUUUAGUUAAAAAAUGAUACCCAAGUCUUUCUAAAAAGAUGGACAGAUUAAACCAGAACACUUGAUUUUAAAUUUCCCGCGAUGAAUUAGACAGCAUAUUACGGCAUAGCAUAGCAUAGCAUAGCACAUGGAGCCCGGGCCUGCGAUUAUGGUAUGACAUUGACUGGAUUGAAUAAUUCAAUUUUACAUAGAGAUUCUAAAAUAAACAAGGUUUCUUCUGGGUAUGUUGAUCA